AAGUUUUCCAGUUCUGCAGUAAGACAUGCUGUGAAGACUAUAAGAAACUCCACUGCAUUGUGACGUUUUGUGAGAACUGCCAGGAAGAAAAGACGCUUCAUGAGAUGGUCAGGUUCUCUGGUGACAAGAAACCGUUCUGCAGUGAAGGUUGUAAGUUGUUGUUUAAGCAGGAUUUUAUCAGGCUGCUGGGUCUGAAGUGUGUGAGCUGUAACCACUGCAACCAGCUCUGUAAGAGAGGAGUGACCCGGGAGCUCGGCAGCAUGACCCGGGACUUCUGCAGCGAGACGUGUGCCAAGAAGUUCAACGACUGGUACUAUAAGGCAGCAAGAUGUGACUGCUGUAACGUGCAGGGGAACCUGACAGAGUCUGUGAUGUGGAGAACAGAGAUGAAGCAAUUCUGUGACCAGGAGUGUCUGCUGAGGUUCUACCUUCAGCAGAACGAGCCCAUCAUGGUCACACAGAAAGGACCUGAGAACUCCACGUUGGGGUUAGAGGAGCAAGCCGCCAAACUCGGGCAGGUGAACCAGAGCGCUGGGGCUUUGGUCAGGGAUGUGAAGAACAAGGCGGUGCUCUGCAAGCCGCUCACACUAACCAAAGCCACCUACUGCAAACCACACAUGCAGAGCAAACUUCUACAGACUGAUGUAGAUGAUGGUGUAAAGAGGGAGUAUGUUCCAGUACCUGUGCCUGUUCCUGUUUUUAUCCCCAUGCCUAUGAAUAUGUAUUCCCAGCUCACUCCCACUCCAGUUGCUCUGCCUGUACCGGUUCCUGUGCCUGUGUUUUUGCCCACCACCCUGCAGGGGGCAGAGCAAAUUGUUCAGACCAUCAAAGACAUAAAAAAUGAGGCGCCCACUGUUCCCACAGAGGCCGAUCUCUUCACGGCUGACAUGAUCACAGAUGACCAGAAGCCAGAUGUGAAGCUGAUGAAGGUGAAAAAGGAGUAUGGAGGAGAGGAGGCCUCCUACAGCAGCAGCAGCAGCUCUGAGGAGGAGGAGGAAGAAAAGUACGACUCUAACCUGGACCUGGAGGCAGACUUCCCUCAAGCCUCAGACCCCGUCCCAGUGCUGGAAGGAAUGGAGGAGGACCUGGGCUUUUCUCUGCCUCCAGUUCUGACAGAAGACCAGGAGGAGCAGGAUGAGUUGACUCCUCGACCACAGCCCAGGAGACUUGGCAAUAAACGACAGGCAGUGGAGGAUUUAGCUUCCUUCACCUCUUCACAUCCUUGUAGCAAUACGUCAGAGAAACGGUCUCUGCCUCUCAGAGCUCGUUAUGGCGUCAAUGCCUGGAAACGCUGGGCUCUGUCUUUCACUGAUAAAUCUGAAGACACCAAAGUAAAGGACCGCACCAAACCAAUGCGGCCUAAAAGUAACCUGCUGUCACUGAGUUCAGAGGAGCUCAAUGUGGCGCUGUCCCAGUUCAUUAAAGAGGUCUGCAGACCCAACGGGGAGCGCUACUCUCCAGACAGCCUCCUCUACCUCUGUCUGGGGAUCCAGCAGCAUCUUCACGCCAAAGGCAGGAAGGACGACUUGUUCAGUGACCCGAGCUACCAGCAGUUUGGAGACGAGCUGAACAAAGUCCUCAAAGACUGGCAGCCCAGUGUGCUUCCUGACGGCUCUCUGUGGGGCCGAGUGGAGGAGCAGAGUCUGUGGAGCAGUCGGCACCUCGGAGAGCAGAGCCCCGCUGCUCUGCUGCGCUCGCUGGUUUACCUCAACACCAAAUACUUUGGCCUGCGCACCGUGGAGCAGCACCUGCGCCUCUCCUUCGCCAACGUUUACGGCCCUGACAGCAUCCAUCCUGUUACCAAGGAGACGACUGUUCGCAUCCGCGUGCCCUCCAUCUCUCAGGAUCACCACGUUCGAACAGAAUCUAGGAAGAGGAAGCGCAAGCUGUCUGACGAAGGGCAGGACAAAGACGAGGACUCGGUGGACUCAUCUGUUCGCUGCCCAGUAAAGCAGCACGAGUGUCGCCUGUAUGAGCUCUACAGGUCCAAAUGCCCGGCGUUGUUAUGGAAGCGCCUCGACGUCUUCUACCUUCAGCCGGAUCCAGCCUGCAGCCCAAGUGACCCCAUUUGGUUCAGCACAACGCCGCUGGAGCGAAUGGUCCUUGAGAGCCUCCUCACCAGAGUCCUCCUGGUCCAGGACAUUUACACAGACAAGCAACACCUGGAGGAGGAGGAGGAGGAGGAAGAGGAGGAGGAGGAGGACCGUUGUGAGGAAGUCCAAGGAGAGUAGCACCUGCUUGGACUUGGGUUAGUAGAAUGUGAGGAGUGCGUGUAGAGAAUCUCGUAGUCUGUCUCUCCUCCACCUCUCUUUCUCCUCGUCUCCAGUGACGUGUCGUUUCCUCCUGGUGAGGGACGUCCACAAGUAGAGGAUGAUGAUGGUCUCGUCAGCCUCUAAAAACACAACACAGAGGACAAAACCUUUGAAAGACGAGCACGUACAUGAACUCUGAUAACAGGGAUGAGAGGAAGUGAUGAACUGUUCGUCCUCACAGCACAAUGUGAUCAGGUUAAGGACAAAAU